AUGCUAGUCGUCCCAGCUCCUUCCCUUCGCUCUCCCUCCAUCGCAACCCUUCCACCGGAGACCAUGCUCAGCAUCUUUGACUAUCUUUACAUGGCUGAAAAGGUGCCUUUGAGGUACAGUGGUGAACGAUACACCUCUCUUGCACUCUUCCCACUCCGUAUGAUCACUGUCUGCCGUCGCUGGCGCGACAUCUUGGCCCUGAAGACAAUGUACUGGGAAUCGGUCGUCGUUCCACUGUGCAUACUAGGUCUCCCAUCUUUGACAAAAGUCCUUAUUGGAGCAUUCACGCGCUUGGAGACUAUAGAGCUGUACCUUGUCUCCGACAACAGGGACAUCAUCGAGGCUUCGGCUGAGAACGCUCAUCUUGAAACCAUGAUGCGGCUUCUCGCACCAUUCCUCCAUAAAUGCAAGACCAUCUCCAUCGAUAUGUGUUAUCGUUCCAGCACUGUUAUAGCCUCUCGUUUUCUUAACGCUCUCGUUGCCCGUAGCCUCGUCUACUUCUCUCUGGUCUCCCAUGUCACGGACUCCAUUGAGGAGACACCCUUCGCGUCUUUUAUCUCCCCAAAUCUCGAAACACUUCGCUUGGAUGCCCAGACUUUCAUCGGUUUCGCAGAGGCUGAAGGGGAGCCAGGUGUCGAGGUUGAGUACGGGAGAACCCUCUCCAUUACCUCAUAUCAUCCCGAAAACGAAUCAUCCACAUUAACCUACUCCGAGCUGAUAUGCGCUAUUGCGCGCUUCACGGAGACCUACGGAGGUCUGCUUAACCUAGCAGUCGAAGACGUGGUUUUCGACGGGCUCGACUUUGGCGAGCCUGAAUGGAUCACGACAGUCAGCGAUGUACGCUUUGUCGACAUGGACACCAGUUUCCUCUGCGCGUUUUUCGGAUACUUUGACCCGCCUAUGAAUCCGAACGGCGGGGCACAUCUGUCGCUCACGCGUUGCCAGCUUGAUAUCCCUAUUUCCGUCCAAUUCAUAGCCGAGCUGGACUUGACAGGCAUCAACGACGGCGUCACCAUCAUGUAUGCGCUCAAGGAAUGGGAUGGUCUCACCGUCAAUAUCUCUGACUGCCCCGGGUUCACCGAUGAUAUCCUACAUGUAAUGGCCAGCGAUUAUCUUUGCGACGAGGUCUACACCUUCAAAUUUUGCAACUGCCCGAUAUCGGUCGCCGCAAUGCGCGGGUUUAUAGCAUCCAGGAGUGCGAGUGAAAACUUCGAGGAGCUCUACGUCCAUGGUGCACCUAGUCUGAGCGAUGAAGACAAGGAGUGGUUUACAGAGAAGGUUCCGGUCAGGCUGACGUGGAACGGCGAAGCACUCAAGUUGACGGACUGGAGUUGAUAUCAGGGCAUACGUC